AUGGACGGGGCGGACGUGUGGGCCAAGACUUUGGCCCAGCUGAUGGCCCAGGCGAAGCCCCAGGACAGCUGGGAGCUGGUCCCCCAGGAGAACCUGGCCUCAGGGCACCUGGACCGCAGUGGUUUCCAGUACCGGCUUCGGGGGCUCUCGAGCCCCCUGCCCUACCCCCUGGGAACCACAGAUGGCCCUCCCUCCCGUGGGGUCCUGGUGGUGUCUCCUAGGGGCGCUGAGGCCCGCAUCGCUGGGACAGAGCAGCAGCAGAGGCUCCAGUGUGGCCGCUGCCAGUGGGGCUGGGCCUCGGCCCACGUGCACGUGCUCUUCCACCUGUGGUGGGACGAGGCCGGCCGGCACGGGCUGGUCAAGAUGCGGGUCUGGGGCCAGCAGUGCCGGCUGUGCCCGCCCGGCGGGGCCGAGUGCCGCGUCAGCUUGCUGAACGUGCGGCUCUUCCUGGGCAAGCUGGUGCGGUUCAUCGCGCACAAGUGCUACGCGGAGGGUCCCGAGGUCUGCUUCGGCGAGGGCUGGCCCGAGGGCAGGAGCGCCGGUAGUGUCAAGGGCAGGUUCACCCUGUACUCCAGCGGCGAAGAGGAGGCCGCCCCCGCCGCCAGCAGGCAGCUGUGCACGCUGGGCCGCGGGCUGCUGGUCGACCGUCUGCGGGGCUGCACCCCCGACGCCAUCGCCGUUCCCCUGUACGUGGCCGACUUCAUCAGGAGCCCCAUCGCCGAGGGCAGGGACUUCUGUGGCCGGGCCGAGGAGGUCAUCACCAUCCCCUUCUCCCUCGGGCGCAGGGCCCGGGGGCUGGCGGCUGAGCCCUCAGGCGGCCAGCACGUCACCGGCAGGGGCUGCCUCCACCUGCCCGCUAGCUCCAAGGCCACGUCCAAGGGCAGACGCUUCCCGGUGAACAUCAAAGCCCCCGUCUUCCACGGCAAGGGGCUCCUCCUCAGCGGCGCGAAGGCAACCACAGGCUUCAUCUACAAAGGGCUCGGCUGCGUCUCCGAACCUGACGAGGACGGGGACGAGGGCGAGGGCGAGGUUGAGAAUGCCGACUGGGGUGCCCUGUCCAGCAGCACCAGGCUCGUCCCGGUCAGAGGCAGCCCGCGGCCCAUGACCUACAUCGUCGGCCUCAUGGACAGUGGGGAGGGCUCGGUCACCUUUCCCUCCUCCUUGGCCGACGUGCUCCUGGAAGACGCUGAUGCGUUCGACCUGGUGUAUGGCUCCCUCACUUUCCCGUUCAUGUUCGCCUAUGAGGGCGGAGUGGCGGCCUCCUCUGCCAGCGGCCCUGAAGACAAAGGCCCCUCCCCCGGGGCCGACGCGGGCGGCUGGGCACCCCUGGGCGAGGGCUCCGUCACAUUCCCCUUCUCUGUCUUUAGCAUCAUCCAAAGCAAGAGUUCUGGGCGCAAGGCCAGGGGCCCUAGAGGCAACGGCCCGGCGCCCCGGGGCUCGUCCAAGAAGCGGAAGCAGCCAGGGCCCUGGGCAUCCAGGUUCUGCCCCCCCGCCGCCCGGGGAUGAGGGCUUCUGCUUCGAGCCUCCGAAGAGGCCUGGGUCUGGGUCUCGCUGGCCGUCUGCGUCCUCUGGAUAAGGCAUCUGUGCACGCUCAGCCCCGACCGCUCCCCGUGGCACGAGCGCCACCUGGAGCCCCGGCUAGCUGCAGGGGACAUAGAGGAGGAGGGCAUGUGUGUCCUUCAAGCCCAAGUACACCACGAGCGAGACCUCUGA